UGGUUGAAUUCACAGGACUCUAGGACCCAACGGAUACAGUAAGGCUACAAGCGAUCGGUUCGACUUGUCAGUGCAUGCAGUGUGUGGAAUCGUGGACACACCUGGUUUUGAAGUUUGCCUUACAAUUCGCGCCUUGAACGAUUCCCUUUUGGACCCUAUCAAGAACUUGGUGGAAAUGAGUCUUAAAAGCUUACAUGGUUUCGUUUUGUGGUCAUGUCGAACGCUGUAGACGGACGGCUAACAAGUCGCAAUCUUUCACCGGUGCCUGAGCGUACAAGUGAACGCUGCAACUUUUCUGUCAUUUUGGAAAGGGCCGACGAUGUUUCUGUAGGCUAGUCGGCAACUUCAUGUUUGUGUUUACAUGCACGAUUCAUCGAAAUUUACGUGGUGGGAAGUGGUUUCAUAUGAUCGUUUAGGUGACGUCAUCUUAAAAUAAGCGAAUGAACAAUACCGUAUUCUUUUUUGACGCCCCAGCAAGGAAUUAAUUAAGUUGGCUAACCCACAAUGAAAGAUACUAUGUAUCAACCAAACAGUUCAGCCACGGGAUCAAUCUUUAUUUCUAAUGUUUCUGAGUGACUUUUUUCAGAAGACCACAUUUUGCAACAAAGUAUUUAGGGAUAGAACGCACCUCUUCAUUUCUAGCCUACUCUCGUAUUUUUCCACAUGAUUGAAGAAACAAUAUCUGACACUGUUUGAAACAGUGGAAACUUUUGAAUGACUUCGUCAUCCAGCCACAUAUCGGGAACUCCGUACAGUAGGCUAAUGGAGAGGAAAGACACAGUGGCUGACAAUGAAAUCGUGGAGGUCCAGCCGCAGCAGCACCCCCACCCGGCACUCAAGCCCGAAAACGGAGACGUCGUCUUGGUCAUCAACCACAGCCAGGUCCAUCCACCCAUCAGCGUGAUACUUGCCACAGUGCUUUGGUGCGCUGAGAUAGUUUGCGCGUCUGUACUCUGCAAGCGAUACCAUACCACCGACGAUGAUAUCUGGAUGGGCUUGACCAUCGCCUUCAUGCUGGUACCGGCGGUGCUGAUUCAGCUGACGCUGACGUUCAUUCACAGGGAUUUGGGCAUGGACAGGCCCCUGGUCCUGUUCAUGCACAUGCUGAUGUUGGGGCCAUUGAUAAGGUGCAUCGAGGCGGUGGUGACGUACUGCCGGGCGGGGAGGCAGGAGGAGCCGUACGUGACCAUCAGCCGCAAGAUGAAGCUGAAGAAGGGCAAGGGGCUGCCCAUGGAGUGGGAGAUCGGGCACUCGGAGCGCCGGCUGGCCGUCCACCGCAACGCCUUCAAGCGCACGGCCAUCAUCCAGGCCUUCCUGGGCUCCACGCCACAGCUCACCCUGCAGCUCUACGCCACCAUCCAGGAGAAAUACGUCUUCCUCUAUCCCAGGCUGGUUCUGAUGAUCAUCACGCUCAUCUCCAUCACCUACGGAGCCCUGGUGUGCAGCGUGCUGGCCAUCAACAUCAAGUACGACGAGUACAAGGUGCGCGUGCGCGCCCCGGCCUACCUGUGCAUGGUGCUGUGGCGCGGGCUGGAGAUCGCCACGCGCGUGGUCUCCCUGGUGCUCUUCUGCACGGCGCUCAACGUCUGGAUCGUCCCCGUGGGCCUGGCCAACCUGCUCUUCUUCUUCUUCCUGCCCUGGGUGGAGUUCUGGGCGCGGCGGGGCUCGCUGCCCGAGAACGUGGAGAAGGACCUGAGCAAGGUGGGCACGGUGGUGGUGCUGAGCAUGGUGACGCUGCUGUACGCCUGCAUCAACGUCUUCUGCUGGUCGGCGGUGCAGCUCAACCUGGCCGACCACGACCUGAUCGAGAAGAAGCCGCGCUGGAACCGCGUGGCGCUCUACUACGCGGCGCGCUUCGCCGAGAACGUGCUGCUGACGGUGCUCUGGUACCUGUACAAGUCGGACUUCUACGAGUACGUGUGCGCGCCGCUGCUGGUGGUGCAGCUGGUGGUGUGCUACGGCCUGGCCGUCUUCUUCAUGCUCCUCUUCUACCAGUUCUGCCACCCGUGCCGACGCCUCUUCCACCACAACGUGGAGGACUUCCUGCGCUGCUUCUGCUGCCGGCGGAGCGAGCCCCGGGCGGAGGACGAGGAGGGGCAGCGGCGGGAACCCUCCUCGGCGAAGGACGACGAGGAGGCCUCUCCACAACCUCUGCUAGUUAAGGACGAGGAGGAGGCCUCUCCACAACCUCUGCUAGUUAAGGACGAGGAGGAGGCCUCUCCACAACCUCUGCUAGAACCUCCUAAGGAAUAUCCACCAGAGCUAACGGUACAGCUGCCGCCAGAGGAGGAACCUCCAGCUAAUGCUCACACUGAUCAGAUGGGAGAUCGGGAAACGGACAUAGUCGACGACCUUGUUGACUCAGCCGAUCAUAACUCAGUGACGGUUGAGACUUGACUGAGGCCAUACACUGUAUUAGUAGUACACAACACUGAAUCUGAGUUACUGUACAUGCCAUGGUAUUUGUGUCGAGGACAAUCACCGCUGACUGUUAGUUGAGGUUGUUGGCGAUGGUGCAAUGCUGCCACCUGCUGGAGUCUUAGAAAGAUAGCAAUUUGACCUCAGGGAAGGGAGGGGGAGGAAGCCAGACUGAUAUGGAAUUAUCUCUCUGGUAGAUGAUAUUAUGUAAAUACACUUUUACUGAGCUGAUCUGUUGUGUCUAUAUGUCUAACAUGGCUUCGUAAACAGCUUGUAUUGUUGAGCCGAGCCUGAGUUUGUUUCCGCAUUGUUCACAUCUGGACGGUGUGUUGGGAGUCAGUUCAGAUGGUUGAUCCUCAUAGUCCAGUGACGGUGGACCACAGGAAAUACAGGAAUGUUCCAGAGCUGGAGAUGCACAAAGGCUCCCUUCACGAACGCUGCAUGUGUCGGAUACGUCAGUCCAGGUGUGUGGGACAAGAGCCAAGAGUGGCCUUUUCUGGAGGGAAUAACCUGGUAAUCUGGGGCAUCCCCCCCGAGACUACUCCCCUCUCACGCUAAUACCAGUGGAUAAUGCUCCAGUCUCUGAAGCUGGCCUUAGCACCUUGUGUCUGAAUGCACUUUGAAGUUCAAAUUAACACUGCCAAUGAUUGUUUCCUUACAGUUCAACACUGAAAUUUGUUGUGUGCUUGAGACAAUAUAUGAGAGGGAAAAAUAUAUGUUGGAAUGCAUGGGACCUACACGUUUACGUUGCCAUAUUGCCAUAUUUAAUUUGAUAUUGUGUUAUCAGUGGCUUGAAACUGAAUAAAUAUGCAACAGUAGUUUUUUUUUGUAUUUGUAUAUAGGCUAUAUGUGUGACAAUUGCUGAUGAUCCAACUUAUUGGUAUUGUAUGUGUAUAUACUUGUAAUGAUUCACACUGAGCUGAUUUUUAUUUGGAAGUGCCUUGAAACUGCUUCAUGAUGUCCUUAUGAAUGAAUGAACAAAUAAAUAAAUAAAUUGUUGUU